CCUCGGCCAGUCAUGUUCUUUAGGGCCCAGUUGAGGCAAAUUCUGCAGAGGGUUCCUGGGAAGGAGCGACUUGGCAUCUACAGGUUCCUUCCCUUCUUUUUUGUCCUUGGAGCCGCGAUGGAGUGGAUCAUGAUCAGGGUGCGCGUCGGACAGGAGACCUUCUAUGAUGUCUACCGUAGAAAAGCCUCGGAAAGACAGUAUCAGAGAAGGCUUGAAGAGACACCAGAGGGUAUCAGGCUUCACGCUCCUCUGAAUGCUGCUGCUGCUGACGCCGACCUGCCAAAGAAAAACACUUGCUGCUUUGAUGAGAAAAUGAACCUGCCCAGUGUGGAGCAACCAAGAUCAGAAUGA